AGAAAGGACAAUUCAACAAUAGUUAGGAUGGGAGGAAACAGAGGUUUUGUCAGUGAAGAAAGAAGAGAAAGAGAACGCAAGCAAGCAAUGAGAAGGAAAAGAAAGCUGCAGCUCAACGUCACUUCUCCUUAGAUAGAGAUCUUUCCCCUGCGGCCGCUGCACUUCCCUCCCUCCCUCCACCUCUCUCUCUCUCUCUCUCUCUCUCUCUUUUUCUUUUCUCUGCCUCUCUAUAUAUCUGUGUAUAUAUUACUUUACAUACAUCCAUACAUACAUACAUGUUUAUCAAACAAGAGCUGGCUGAGGCGGGUCACUGAGUCAGCUCGGCCGAGUUAUGGGGUGCUGUGAGUCGUCGUUUAUACGUGGACGUCAGCACCAGUACCUGCACCGCCGCAACACUACUGCCACCGACAACAACCAGGCUCCUCAAGCCUCCAACGGAACCGAGUCCGCGGGAGCCGUACUGGGAUUCUCGGAGUUCUCGCUGGCCGACUUGAAAAACGCCACCAAUAACUUCAGCUCCGACUUCAUCGUCUCCGAGAGCGGCGACAAAGCCCCCAAUGUCGUCUACAAGGGCCGCCUCCAGAACCAAAAUAGUCCUAGUUGGAUCGCCAUCAAGAAAUUUACCAAAUUGGCCUGGCCUGACCCUAAGCAAUUCGCCGAUGAAGCUUGGGGUGUUGGGAAGCUGAGGCACAAAAGGCUUGCCAAUUUGAUCGGGUAUUGCUGCGACGGCGACGAGAGACUGCUGGUGGCCGAGUACAUGCCCAAUGAUACCCUUGCCAAACAUCUAUUCCACUGGGAGAAUCAGACCAUUGAGUGGGCCAUGCGGUUAAGGGUUGCUCUAUACAUUGCUGAAGCAUUGGAUUAUUGCAGCGGUGAAGGCCGCUCAUUGUACCAUGACUUAAAUGCAUAUAGGGUUCUCUUUGAUGAGAAUGGUGAUCCUCGGCUUUCUUGUUUUGGGUUGAUGAAAAACAGUAGGGAUGGAAAAAGUUACAGCACUAAUCUUGCGUAUACACCCCCUGAAUAUCUAAGAAAUGGAAGGGUGACUCCGGAAAGUGUUAUCUUCAGCUUUGGGACUGUCCUUUUGGAUCUUCUCAGUGGGAAACACAUCCCUCCUACUCAUGCUCUUGAUAUGAUUCGUGGCAAAAACAUUAUUCUCUUAAUGGAUUCACACCUGGAGGGAAAUUUUUCUACUGAACAAGCGACUGUGGUUUUUGAUCUUGCCUCACGAUGUUUGCAAUAUGAACCCAGGGAGCGGCCAAAUACCAAAGACCUUGUUGCAACAGUUGCCCCACUGCAAAAUAAAUCUGAUGUUCCAUCUUAUGCGAUGUUGGGAAUUCCAAAGCACGAGGAAGCACCUCCGACUCCACAACAUCCUCUUUCUGCCAUGGGCGAUGCCUGUUCAAGGAUGGACCUCACAGCCAUCCAUCAAAUUUUGUUAAUGACACACUACAAAGAUGAUGAAGGAACCAAUGAGUUGUCUUUCCAAGAAUGGACUCAGCAAAUGAAGGAUAUGUUGGAGGCGCGAAAGCGUGGUGACUUAGCAUUUCGUGACAAAGAUUUUAGAUCAGCAAUGGACUGUUACUCUCAGUUCAUAGAUGUGGGGACCAUGGUUUCUCCGACUGUCUAUGCACGAAGAAGUCUAUGCCAUCUGCUUUGUGAUCAACCAGAUGCUGCCCUCCGAGAUGCAAUGCAAGCGCAAUGUGUCUACCCUGACUGGUCCACAGCAUUUUACAUGCAGGCCGUUGCUCUUGCCAAGCUAGAUAUGCACAAGGAUGCAGCUGAUAUGCUGAAUGAGGCUGCUACCUUGGAAGAGAAAAGACAACGGGGAGGGAGAGGAUAGAUAGAUAGAGAGGAGAGAGGAUCUUGAAUGAAAUGCCUUGUAAUUAUUUUUGUGACACAAUUGGCGCCAUAGAUUUUUUAUUUUUUACUUGGUUCUUUUUUGUAUUGAAGCUGGAGCAGCAGCAGUUGUAACAAAACAUGUAGAUCAUGUAUGAUGGGGUAGGGGAAAUUUGUUUCAGUCCAA